AUGGAAUCUCAGGACGGAAUUUCCGUCCGGCCCAUGAGGCUGAAGGUACUCUAUACGUUUGACGAUGCCAGUAAAACCAACUGCUUGGCCCGAUGGCCUCACCUUCUCGACAUUCAGACCGCGGCCUUGGAUGAAAAAACUCAGGUUGGGGUGAUCGAGUUGAAAACUUGCAUUCAAGCCAUUGUCUCUGCUAGCCCGGAGUUGGUGGCACAACUUGGACAGGAUUAUACGGUAUAUGCCUAUGACUACUCGGAAUAUGAGACGCCCCUCGUCGGUCAAGGAAUGCUAUCUUGGCUUCUUGCCUCCGCUUCUCCCACUCCGAAUGCACCUGCCCACCAAUCCAAGACCAUGGUAACUGGUCGGGUCUGCAAAAAUGGACUGGGUCUUUUCUCGAAGGGAGCACAAGAGACGUUGGAGGUCAAAUUGCGGCUGGUGCCAGUUCCUACCGUCAUGCAAAACGAGUACCUCGAUAGUAUGCAAAAAUAUCGGGAAAUUAGCAGCCCCAUAUCUCGUGACUUCGACACACAAAGCUGGUCAAAUUUUCUCCGUCAGAAUCCCAAUAUGCCCCCUUCACACAUUCAAGACUCGGCCCGGACAGCUUCUCCCAUGGAUCAUUCCGGGAUCGAGCGAUUUCAUCAACUGCUCAGCGAGGGAUCCACCCCGAGGGAAUUACCAUCCAUGCCUGCAAAUGCGCCUUACCGAUCAAUAUCACCAGCACAGUCAGCUUUAGGGCCCACUGGCAGGGUUCCCACCCCUCUGGGCCAGAACCCUUCAUUCCAGCAGGACCAACACGCAGUGCAGCAAGUACAACAGGCCGAUAGAAUUCAAGGCGAUAUCAUCCGUCCUUCCUCUAGUGCUUCUAUGCGUGAAUCGGACUUCGCUUCCGACGCACGCUACCCCAGCCGUCGGGGAUCCGUUCAAUCGGGCUACGCUAGCUAUGAUGAAUCGGCGGACUCACAGCCUCGCAGACGAGCUAGGUUGUACCGAGCAGAGUGGCCUGGAAAGUCUGACCUGAAUAUCGAGAGGCAGCCUAGCUCCUUGCGGGUAGCGGCCAGCACCGCUGCGUCUGUUCGCAUCCAUCGUCCUACGCCAAUCAACCCUUCCAUUGCCGCUGCUCAGAACUCGAGUGAGGAGCCCGUUCGUCCCCCAACCCCUAUCUCUGGUGCAAAUGAUCUCCCUCGCCGAGUACGACCCCCACCGAGCGCUUUGCGCGAGUCAUCCGUUCAAAGCAAUACUCGGUACACAUCACCCUAUCCUGUGAGUGAUGACCAGACACCCGGGGAACAUCAUACACAGUCGCCGGAAGAGUCCCGGUAUCAAGGUCUCUUUGAGCCUUCAUUCAGCAUGCCCUCGUCUCCUCCUGUCCUCGACUGUGGAUUUCCCAACCGAUCCAGUCCCGUUCUCCCACCUAUGGCUACUGAUCCCGAUUCGGGUUUCAUGAGUGGGGGCAUAGAUGAACUCCUAGACGAAGAUAUCGGCACCCCAUUGGACGAAUGUCCACCGCCAGUCUCCAACGAUGUACCGAAGGAAAAACGAAAUGUGCGUCCAGCAGUGCAGGCCAGGUCACCUGCUAAUGUACAGGAAAAUACUGAAGACCAAAAUGAAAGUAGCGCUGCGAGCAGUGGAUUGCCGGAGCAGCCUGUUAAAGAACUCAAAGAAAGUGCGCCUGCACCCUCUCGAGGCCCUCCCAGUGUGGCAGGUUCAAGACCAUCUUCACGAUCCAGCUUCAGACAGGCACCCAAGCCGCUGGCCCCUGCUCCGAUUUCCCAGAGUGAGCUAGAACAGCUGAUGAAUGCAAUUCCAGCAAGUGAUCCAGUUAUGUCUUCACAUGGUCCCAUGAGCGAUUUCUCUACCGCUGAGACUCCCUCUGCGCAACGCGUGACCGAGGAUGGCAAGGUACGGAGUGGAGCAGGUGCGAGACGGCUCAGACAGGUUCAGGCGCGUCUUGACAAGUGCAUCCGUGACGGGCAAGCGCCCCCUUUUUGUGAAAACUGUGGCGUGAUUGAAACCCCUACUUGGCGUCGGGCGUGGUCCAAGGAGAUCACUGGCAGCGAGCAGGAAGCCAACGAGCUCACAAAAGAUCCGACCAUGUUCUUCUGGCAGGCUCUGGAGCGAGACGACCAAGAAAGGGUCACUAAAUUCAAAAUCUACAAGAAAAGCCUGGCUGAUACCGAUAACGACUUCGUUCAAAUCCUUCUUUGCAAUCCCAAAGCGGAUGCAUCGUCCCCUGGUGUGUCUGAUGCAUCGUCACCGGCCGUCGAAGAUCCCACGACACCACCCGCAGAAAAUAUCAACAACAAAGCCCGCAAAGACAAUAGCGAGAAUACCCAGGAGAAUGAUGACGACGUGGAAGACCUACCAUCAAAACGGCGUCGAGCGAACAGCUUAGAGCCCCGGAAGUCAUCAGACAACGCUGAGAACCGCUGGCAAGAGCAAGAUGCGAUUGAGGCGCUUCGGCGGGCUAUUCAAUCUAGCCCUGCCCGGAAUCUUCAAAACAACAGUUCUGCAGCGGGUGAGAAAUCUCUUACUCCCAAGCCUGUGCGGAGAGUACUGUUUCCUAAUUCGCAAGAGGGAGUGGGGCCUUUGAAAGCUCUAGGAGAUUCAGUCUUGAACAGUCCGAGACGUAGUCCUCGUAUCGCGUCUCGUGAAUCGGACAAGCGACCUCAGGGCAAAGAAAACAGAAGCAAUGCCGACCUGGACCACCUCUUCGAGAGCCCCUCGUUCGAGUUUGAUCUACCCACCAGCCCUACCCCCCGGCGACGGAAUCCUCGCGCAGGUCUGAUGAGUGAAAAGCGACUUUCCUUACCAUACAAUUCGCCGUCAUCGUCUAAAGUGCGUAAGGACGUCUUGUCCCCGACUAAGCUUACUGCACAAAGAUUGCAGCGCAUUCAAAGCAGUCCUGGGUCAACGCCGCGCGAGGGCAAGACGCCCAAGCACACCCGCUCGCAGAUGUCCGAGCUGCCCUCUUUACCCGAUGAUGCAUUCAGCACUGAAGCGUUUGGGGCGAUGGAUAAUAUGGUGGUUGAUAUCUUCUCGGAGGAUGCAGCUUCUGCGACGCAGGCCGACUCCCUGUUUGCGUUUGAGGCGUCCAAGUGCCCAUCGAGCAGCAACUGGGCUGACUGGCUCCCGUCGGACUAUGUCUCGCCGGCCGGAUCAGACGAGGAGCAGAAUCACGAUUCUACAGACCUCAUCAGCGCAAUUUUGUCCGAUCCCAUUAUGGGGAAGGAAAACAUCGACGCAUCUCAAUUUGAUAUAUUCGAUUAUGCGGACUCCAAUAUCUUAGAUUCUGGGUUUUUCGGAUCCGACUCACUCAAUGCCGACCUCAUGGCUCUAGGCAUCAAAACCAAGCCAUCGGCGGAGGAGCUGAGCAAUAAAGACAAGGCGCCAAGUGCGAAUAAUGCUUCAUGA